AUAACCUCAAAAAGCGCGCCGAACUAACGUUUCGAUUGACAUUUAACGUCAGAAGAGAGAGGUAAGCACAAGCACAGUACAAGAUGUAUCAUGAAAAAGUAGUAAAGAAAGUUCCGGGCACGAUAUUGCCGCCUUCAAAGCGAGAGCAUCAAGGUUACAUCGAGGAUCUCUCCUCGAAGCAAAUAUUCGAAUUGGAGGAACUUUUGGAGCGGCAAAACAAGCUGUUAAGAAACGAAAAGUUCGUGGCGAAACUGCCGGACAAGGGUGCGAGGAUAAUAAAUUUCCGGGAUAAAAUACAGCGGGAAUUAGAGUCCAAGAAUGAUAUUGAGAGGGCGGCUAACCUCCUCUCGAGGCUCAACAUUGCCUCCGAAGGCAAGGAUAAGAUGAACGAACUCGAAUGGACUGGAAAGUAUACCGAGGAUCGAGGAACUGUGAGGGUUGUCCAGCUAGACAGCGACGACGAAGACGAUCCCCUGAAGAUUCUCGCUCAGCCCACAGGGAGCGGGACGCACAAGAAAAAGGUGGUGCACCUGCCACCUGAGGAAAGUCUGAUCACACCCGAUGAUUUAAAGGAGAUUGAAACUUUCGAUGACUCCGUCAGCGUUGAGCACGUUAAAUACAUUCUGGGAGUGGUCGAGAGGCCCAGGAUUGUGGGUGAAAAGCAGAAACCGGAAUCGUUCAAACCAUACAAAACAACCAGAAGUAACGUUCACGAUCCUUCGAACGAACUCAAAAGACGAAGGCAUCCGCACUGGGAAGUUACCGCCGCUACUCCACCCCCUUCGAUUCAUGGAACGAUCAAGGAAUUGAACAUAACAGAAUCUCUAACAUUGCAAAAGAAUCAGGCUGAAAAACUCCAGGAAAUUCAAACGCAGAACGCGAUCACGAAACUCGCUGAACAAUUUGCUCCGCAAAUGGGCGAUUCGGUACCGCGUAUUGUGGGAAAUCAUCGUUCAACGAUCGCGGACAGCAGUUCCUCAGAUUCCGAGGGAAAUGAGGAAGAAAACGAGGCGCGCGAUGAUGACGACGAUGACGACAAGGCUGGAACUGUCACUUUCAUGAUCGAUAGUAAUUAGCAAUAAUAAUUAACAAUAUUCAAU